AUGCUUGGACUAGGUGGAUCAUGUUUAUCAAAGGAGUUUUUUGAUUUAGCAAAAUCAAUAGGAGAAGCUCCUUCGAAACAAGAGGAAGAUCGGAUUAUAUGCAAUGAAAUCGUUUUGCUUAAGUCAAGGUUUGCCGACCCUAAUGCAACAGUAAAACAGAUAAAGGAAUAUUUGAUUAGGGCUAUUUAUAUCGAAAUGCUCGGACAUGAUGCGUCGUUUGCCUAUAUCCAUGCAGUAAAACUAGCACACGAGAAAAAUAUAUUAUGCAAAAGAACAGGCUAUCUAUCAUGUAAUUUGUUUUUGAACAAAGAUCAUGAAUUGAUGUUGCUAUUAAUUAACACUAUUCAGAAAGAUUUAAAGAGCGAUAAUCAUUUAGAGAUUUGGGCAGCAUUAAAUUGUGUAUGUAAAUUAUUGAACAGUGAAAUGAUACCAGCAAUUUUUCCUAUUAUUAAAAAUUUGUUAAAUCAUAAAAAUGAAUUAAUACGGAAAAAAGUAUGUAUGUUAUUACACAAAAUAUAUUUAAUAGAUCCUUUAUUAAUUAAAGACAUUGAUGUAUAUCUAAAAAAAUUAUUGUGCGAUGUGGAUCCUUCAGUAAUGGGAGCAUCAUUAAAUUUAAUUGCAUGUAUUGCAAAGAAUCAUAUGAUGUAUUGUAUAAAGCUAGUUCCUUAUUUAGUUUCUAUACUUAAACAAAUAUGUGAAAAUAAAUUACCAAAAGAGUAUGACUAUCACAGAAUACCUGCACCAUGGAUACAGAUAAAAAUAUUAUCCAUUUUUAGAAUUCUGGGUUUUUCGAAUAAAAAAUUAUCAGAACAAAUGUAUGAAGUAUUACAGAAAACAAUGCAGAGAGCAGAUUUUGGUAUUAAUGUCGGUUAUGCUAUUAUUUAUGAAUGUGUAAAAACUAUUGCAAUUAUAUACCCAUCUCAUAAUUUGCUAGAAUUAGCAUCUUUAUCUAUUUCAAGAUUUAUUUCUUCGGAUAAUCAUAAUCUUAAAUAUGUAGGGGUUACAGGUUUAGCCUUAAUUGUAAAAAUUAACCCUAUGUACGCAAGUAAACAUCAGUUAGCAGUUGUAGACUGUUUAGAAGAUAAAGAUGAAACGUUAAAAAUGAAAACAUUAGAUUUGUUAUAUCAAAUGACAAAUCCAUUAAAUGUGAAAGUUAUUGUAGAUAAACUAUUAUUUCAUAUAGAAAAUUCUCUUGACAUUCAUUUUAAACAUGAUUUAGCUUGUAAAACUAUACAACUUAUUGAAAGAUACACCCCUGAUGAUAUUUGGUUUCUCAAUAAGAUAAAUUCCCUCUUUUUAUCAGUAGGUGAAUUAUUAGAUGAAAGUUAUUCUUAUUCACUAAUUAAGUUAUUGAAAGAUAGUUCUAUAUGCGCAGAGUCAGAUUCAGAUGACGGUAUGGUUAGAAGUGAAAUAAAUGAAGGGAUUAAUAGUAAGACAGAAAAUGUAAAUAUAGAAUGUUUGAACAUUGUAAAAGAGGAAAAUAACAAGGUUGACUUGUUGGAUACCGGGGAAAAAAAGGAGGAAGGAGUUGAGCAUGACGUAAGUAAAGGUGAUGAAAGAAAUGCGGUUAGCGUGUUUGAGAGGGGAAAUGGAGUUAGUAAUGAAAAUAGUGUAAAUGGCGCAAAUAGCGCAAAUAUUGCGAAGGAUGGAAACGAUAGUAAGGUGGAUGCUAUAACAAAUGAAAGGGCAUCAAGUAAGAAUUAUAAUAUGGAUAAUGCUGGUAAGGACAUAGGUGAUAAGAAUAAUACGAUAGAUCAUGAAUCCAAUGUUAGUGGGAAAAGCACUGAUGAAAAAAAAUUAAAAGGAAAAAGAAAGAUGAACUAUGAUGUACACAUCUUGAGGAAAUAUGCCAUAAACACAUACGUAAGAAUGUUAGAAAAUAAUGAAAACAUACCAUUCAUUUUAAUGCAAAUAAUUUGCUGGGUAUUAGGUGAAUAUAGCUACUUAUGUGAUUUAGAAAAUUACACAAUUGAAGAUAUUAUUGAUUUAUUAUGUGAAUGUCUAGAAAAAAAUUUUAAUAACCCAGAUAGAGUAAAGUCAUGUAUAAUAACAGCUAUUUUUAAAUUAUGUGCUUUUAAUAAUAUAACUGAUCAUGUAGUAGCAAAGAAAUUAAUUGAGAAAUACAAAAACAGUCAAAUAACUGACAUGCAACAAAGAUGUUAUGAGUAUGAUUUAAUAUUGAAUAAUCCUACGUUAAUGAAAAAUUUAUUUUGUGUAACAAAUAAUAAAAAAAAAAUAUCUAUUGAUGAGAAUUUAUCUUUCUUAAAUCCAUUCAUAGAAAAACAUUUGGAAAAUGGUGGAAAAUCUUACAUUACAAAAGAGUUAAGAAGAAAUGAAAAUAAUUUUGAGUCGUCCAAAAAUAAUGCUCCUGUACUUAACUUUACUCCUUAUGAACUACCAUUAAAUAAUAAAAUAAACGUAGAUACAUUUCACACAUCAAAUAAUAAUUAUCCAUACCAAAAAAAUUAUAAGUAUGAUUCUCCUGUCCUUGCUUCGACAAUAGAAAAUUUUUCUACGCAGAAUGAAAAGGAAAAAUCUUUUAAACUUAAUGUAGUAGGACCGAAAAAAUGGAAGAAAGAAACGUGCGAAGUGGAAAGGAAAAAUAGUAACAAAAAUAGCAAAAGAAAAUUUACUAAACUGAGGGAGGAAAACCAGGAAAAUCGUUAUGAUAACAAUUAUCAUGAAGAUGAAGGAGAAGAUGGAGGGGAUGAGAAUGAAGAGGAAGAUGAUGGAGAUGACGAAGGAUAUGAUGAGAGAGAUGAUGAUGAUGAUGAAGAAGAGGAUGAUGAGGAAGACGAAGAAGAGGAUGAAGACGAAGGAGGAAAUUAUGGUACUAAUCAUUAUUCUUUAAAUGAAGAAGAAGAUGAAAAAAGAUUAGAUAGUAUUGAUGGCUACGACGAUCAGAAUUAUGAAAGGUUUGAUGAUACAGAUUCUCACAAUUUAAAAGAAUAUAAAUAUGAAGAUAAUAGUUAUGAUAAUAAUGUGUACAAUAAACAGAGAGGUUCACAUAUGAACAAUGAUCAAACAACAACAAAUAAUGAGUUGACGGAAAAAGAAAAAAUGGCUGCUGCAUUAUUUAAUGGACUAAUAUCAAAUAAUUCUUCAGUUUUUCAAUCAAAAAAUAAUUAUUCUUCAAAUUAUUCGAGUAAAAAAAGAGUUUCUUUACUUUCCAACAGGAAUUAUUUUAAUUUCAAACGUGACAACAAUAAGAAUGAUUCACAAAAAAACUCAUUCGAUGAGAGAGGAUACCAGGGAAAGACUGAAAAAGAGGAUGAUGUAUCAAUAAAUCAAGAUGAGCAAAAAAAAAUGACUUCACGAAGCUUAUUGGAUAGUAGUUUAAAUAAUCUAAAAAAAAAUGAAGAUAUGAGAGAUUCAAAUUUUUCUUAUGAUAUGCUAGAUUUAAACGAGUCUUUUGGAGGGAAAAAUUAUACGGAGGUGAAUAAUGCUAGUAAAGAUGAGGACAAAAAUCUUUGGAACAAUAUAGGAAGUCAGAAAAAAGCUGUUUUUCUGAACACGUCCAAAUUAAACAUAUUUCAGAUAAUUAAACAUAUCGAGAAUAAGUUACGUGCCAGUGUAGUUGAAGUUAGCAAAAGGGAAGCGCUAACUUCAUGUAUCUACAACAAUAAUAGAGUUUUAAUAAAAAUCAGAAUAGAAGACAAUAAAUUAAUUUUUUUAGUUAAGUCCGCCGAUAACAAAUUGUUUGACAGCGUUUUUGAUAUUCUGAGAAAUUUGUUUCAUUUAUGA